AGUAGUUGUUUAACCAACGACUUCCCUCAGUGGUGUCGCCACGUCAAGAAAAUUACGUUAGCAAGAGAUUAGGAUUAUUCGAAAUAAGUAUAUUGGCGUAUGUCAGUUUAUGAAAUAAACUAUGUUAACAAAAUUUGAAACGAAGUCGGCAAGGGUGAAAGGAUUGAGUUUUCAUCCAAAAAGGCCUUGGGUGUUGACGAGCUUACACAAUGGAGUUAUUCAGCUUUGGGAUUACCGAAUGUGUACUUUGCUUGAUAAGUUUGACGAACACGAUGGUCCAGUUCGAGGCAUUUGUUUUCAUAAUCAGCAACCUCUCUUUGUAUCAGGGGGGGAUGACUAUAAAAUCAAGGUAUGGAAUUACAAGCAUAGACGUUGUAUUUUCACACUGUUGGGACAUUUGGAUUACAUUCGAACAACAACCUUUCAUCAUGAAUAUCCAUGGAUCCUGAGUGCAUCGGAUGACCAAACAAUUCGUAUCUGGAACUGGCAGUCUCGUACCUGUAUAUAUGUCCUGACUGGGCACAACCAUUAUGUAAUGUGUGCACAGUUCCAUCCUUCUGAAGACUUGGUAGUUUCUGCUUCACUUGAUCAAACUGUUCGAGUUUGGGAUAUUUCGGGCCUGAGAAAAAAAAAUGUAGCUCCAGGACCAACAGGCUUGGAUGAACACUUGAAGAAUCCAUCACAUACAGAUCUUUUUGGGCAGUCUGGGGCAGUUGUUAAGCAUGUUUUAGAAGGGCAUGACCGAGGGGUUAACUGGGCAGCGUUUCAUCCAACAAUGCCUCUGAUUGUGUCUGGAGCAGAUGAUAGACAGAUAAAACUUUGGAGAAUGAAUGAUUCCAAAGCAUGGGAAGUUGACACAUGUCGUGGACAUUAUAACAAUGUGUCUUGUGUCACAUUUCAUCCCAGACAAGAACUUAUUCUUAGCAAUUCUGAGGACAAAAGUAUUCGUGUGUGGGACAUGUCCAAACGAACCUGUCUACACACAUUCCGUAGGGAUCACGAUCGUUUCUGGAUCUUGACUGCUCAUCCUAGUCUCAACAUCUUUGCAGCAGGACAUGACAGUGGAAUGAUAAUUUUUAAAUUGGAGCGGGAAAGACCUGCCUUUGCCGUUUACGGUAACAUUCUCUAUUAUGUUAAAGAAAAACAUCUCAGGAAGCUUGACUUCACUACUUCUAAGGAUAGAGCCGUGUUUCAGCUUCGAGCAGGAAGUAGAAGUCCUGUUUUCAACAUAUCAUAUAAUCCAGCAGAAAAUGGCCUCCUGGUUUGUACUAGAACUACUAAUAUCGACAACAGCACGUAUGACCUAUAUGCUAUUCCCAAAGAUUCAGAUGCUCAUAGCUCAGAUGUUUCUGAUUCCAAAAGGGCUUCAGGUUUAACAGCUAUUUGGAUUGCAAGGAACAGGUUUGCUGUGUUAGACAGAACCCAUUCAGUAGUGGUGAAAAACAUGAAAAAUGAAGUCACAAAAAAACUUCAAGGCCCAAGCUGUGAUGAAAUUUUUUAUGCUGGAACAGGUAUGCUGCUCAUGCGAGAUCCUGAUGGUCUGGUGCUAUAUGAUGUUCAACAGGGCAGAGCUUUAGCAGCUGUUAAAGUAAAUAAGGUGAAGUACCUGUCCUGGAGUGGCGAUAUGAGCCAUGUUGCCUUGUUAAGUAAACACACACUGACCAUCUGCAACCGUAGACUUGACAUGCUCUGUAGUGUCCAGGAAAGCUCUCGAGUGAAAAGUGCUGCAUGGGAAGACAGUGGUGUUCUCAUCUACACCACCUCCAAUCACAUCAAAUAUGCCCUUACUAAUGGGGAUCAUGGUAUUAUCAGAACAUUGGAUGUGCCCAUCUAUAUUACUCGUGUCAGGGACACCAACGUCUACUGUUUAGAUAGAGAGUGCCGUCCUCGUGUACUUGGUAUUGAUCCAACAGAGUAUAGGUUUAAACUUGCACUGGUUAAUAGGAAGUAUGAUGAGGUUCUCCACAUGGUGAGAAAUGCAAAACUGGUUGGUCAAUCAAUUAUUGCUUAUCUCCAGAAGAAGGGCUAUCCAGAAGUUGCCUUGCAUUUUGUUAAAGAUGAAAAAACUCGAUUUGCCCUGGCAUUGGAAUGUGGAAACAUUGAGGUGGCUUUAGAAGCUGCCCGAACACUGGAUGACAAAGCCUGCUGGGAAAAACUUGGGGAAGCUGCAUUGUUCCAGGGAAAUCAUCAGGUGGUUGAGAUGGCCUACCAAAGAACCAAGAAUUUUGACAAGCUUUCAUUCCUCUACUUGAUAACUGGGAACCUAGAAAAACUUCGCAAAAUGAUGAAAAUUGCUGAAAUUCGCAAAGACACCAGUGGUCAGUUCCAAAAUGCACUAUUUCUAGGAGAUGUUGCAGAGAGAGUGAAGAUUCUGAAGAAUUGUGGCCAGUUGUCUCUUGCCUAUCUCUGUGCUGUCACUCAUGGAAUGCACGAAGAAGCAAACAACUUGAAAGACUCAUUUAAGUCAGAAAAUGUGAAGCUUCCAGAGCCUGAUCCAGAUGCUGUUCUCCUUCAGCCACCACCUCCAAUCACACAGUGUGAAGAAAACUGGCCCUUGUUAAGCAUUUCAAAGGGAUUCUUCGAAGGUGUGAUGGGUGCUCGCAAAACAGCAAUGGUUCCUGAACUUGUGGAUGAAGAAAUGACAGAGGGCUGGGGUGCUGAUGCUGAAUUAAUGUUAGAUGAAGAAGGGUUUGGGGAAGGAAAAGUUGGUUUUGAAGAUGAAGAGGAAAAAGAAGAAGCAGGUGGAGGUUGGGAUGUUGAAGAUGAAGAUCUUGAGCUUCCACCAGAACUUGAAGGUGUACCAGCAGCAAUGGAAGGUGGGGAAGGAUACUUUGUUCCACCAACACGUGGACUUUCACAAGCCCAAGUCUGGGCCAAUAACUCUAAACUUGUUGUAGAUCACGUACUUGCAGGAUCUUUUGAAACAGCUUUCCGACUUUUACAUGACCAGGUAGGUGCUGUGAACUUUGAACCAUUAAAGGGUCUUUUUAUGACUACCUUCACUCGAGCUCGAACCUCAUUUCUAGCCUUGCCUUAUCUUCCAACUAUGUAUGCUCAUCCACACAGAAACUGGAAAGAAGCUGGAGCAAAGGGAGGCUUGCCUGCUAUUGGUUGUAAAUUAAAUAAUUUAAUUCAGCGCUUACAGAUGUGUUACCAACUGACUACGUCAGGCAAAUUUCAGGAGGCCAUUGAACGUUUCCGAUCCUUGCUACUCAAUAUACUACUACUGGUGGUUGAGACAAAACAAGAUAUUGCUGAAGCUCAGCAAAUAAUGGAAAUUUGUAGAGAAUAUGUUUUGGGUCUUUCACUUGAGCUUGAACGGAAGGGAUUACCUAAAGACACUUUAGAUCAACAGAAGAGGUUGUGUGAGAUGGCAGCAUAUUUCACUCACUGUAAUCUGCAGCCAGUCCACCUGAUUCUCACUCUCCGAACAGCCCUCAAUCUUUUUUUCAAGUUGAAAAACUUUAAGACUGCAGGAUCCUUUGCCCGCCGUCUUCUUGAGUUGGGACCAAGGCCAGAAGUUGCUGCCCAGACUAGGAAAAUACUACAGGCAUGUGACAAAAACCCUGUAGAUCAGCACCAACUUCAGUAUGAUGAACACAAUCCUUUUUCAGUUUGUGGUCAGAGUUAUCUGCCAAUCUACAGAGGAAAACCAGAAGUUAAAUGUCCACUUUGCCAAACCAGCUAUAUUCCAGAGUAUAAGGGAAUUGUAUGUAAAGUUUGUUGUGUAGCAGAGGUUGGGAAAGAUUCCAUUGGAUUGCGUAUUAGUCCUUUACAGAUGCGUUAAUCAUUUUUUCAUGUUUAAGAAUAAUGUGUUAAGGUAUAGUAUUCAUUGGGUCAAAAAUAUAUCACCGUAUUAGUGAAUGAAGAGCAGUGUAAACAUUACGUAGCAGUUUUCUUAAUAACUUUAUUUGCAUAGUAGCACCCACACAAAUGUUACUCAUAUUUGAUGAUGAAACAGUUUCUUUUUUAUGCCUAAUUAUUAGGUAGAAAUUUGUCAAGAAUUAAUUAGUUUAAGUCACCUUCUAGAUCACAGUGAGUUUAAGCUCCACCAUAAAAAAAUUUUGUGUAACUUGAUAAGUAUGAUUUAUUAAAGCAUUAUUUGAAUGUA